GAUGGAUUUGGGUUUACGGACGAACGACUAUAGAUGUACCGAAUAGCAACACGAAAAGUCUCCACUUCUCACACAUACUUCUAGUUCUAACUUGAUAAUCAUGAAAGCGUCGCAAGGAAGAGUGGAUGGAUCAAAGGCCGUGCACGGUUGCCCGGGCCAAACAAAGUAUGCGCAGGCUAGGUGAUGCACAAUGACGACAAAACAACAAAUGGCGGCCAAGCUUCUGCCACCAACCACACCAAAACUGACUACGCGAUCUGCUGCCUCAUUUUGCGCACACUCUCCACCCUCCUUUCCUGCGCUUGCCAUCUCUGAGCCUCUUUGCUACGGAUAACUCGCGGCAUGGCGCAAACAAAGCUCAUCGACCGCUCUGAGCCGGCCGUCUUCUCUCGCACCCACACGCCAGUGCGAUCGCGUCUUCCUGCCACCCUGCGCGUCCCCAUCCUCGUCGCCCUCAAUCUGGGUAUCAACACUGCGCUAUGGUCCUUCGUGUCAAACUUCCUCAGCCCAGAGCUUGGUGCCGUCAGCAAGGUGCCAAAUGAGGCUGAUCUAUGGUCGCUCUACUCGCCAGGCGCGCGCUUGGGCAUGCGCGUCUUCACCAUCUGGCUGACUUGGUAUCUCAACUAUGACUUUUACGACGUCUCAGCGCUCACCAUUCUCUCAAACGCGCCCUUCGCGUACCUCCUCUCCACCUUUUACGACAUCUCGACCCUCACCAUCGCAGCGCACGUAAACAUCGAAGUCUUUUCAAUUGCCAUCCCCACGUACCUGCUGCGCCGUCGCUCCGCAGCCCACGAUGCUAACGCCAAGCUGCGCAACCGCUUCCUUCUCAAUAGCGUGCAAGUGCAGUUCUCCAACGCGCUGCUAGCUAUGGGCGUGUACAUUGUCGUGCUCUGGGCGGGUCUGAGGACUGGCUUCUUGAACUUGUUCCUGGUGCGAUUCUUUGAUAUCCCGACGCUGGAGUUCGCGCACAUCGAAACACCUGUCAGCAUCAUUGGCAAGAUCUUCACGGCGGGUUUCGCAGCCAAGGAAUUCCUCCUUAACCCAUCCUUCGCUGCGCAACCACUACACUCUGGUACCACGACGCCUACGAAGUUAUUCGAUCCCUCCACCGCGACGCUGACGCAGACUGUCAAGAAGAACGUGUGGUCUUUCACCAGGCGCACGCGUACGCUCAUUCAGCAGACUGCCAUCUUGAACGCGUUCGUGUUUGCGAAUACCGUGCAGAGGUGCAUGACGCUCAAUGGUACCGAAGUGAUUGGUGCGGCGGGGUACGCGAGUGUGUGGGUGCUAGCGAAUGCUGUUAUUGCGCUGUGGUAUGGUUGGGUUGGAGAUACGAGCGCUGACUAUGAGCCGCUAUGAACGGAAAGACGCAGAAGUGAGAUGCGCGAAAACCUUUGAUUUUUUAUGCAGAUGCAGAGACAGCUCUAGGUUAGGGGGAACCAAAAAGGAGCCGGAUGUCGCGUGGAGCGAUUUUUGUCUUCAGGAAAGGAUUUUCUACGGUGCCAUUUCUAAGAGGCAUCACGGGUAGUGCGCUUAGAUACCAUCCUGUACUUUCUAUAUUUUCCGUAUUCUUAAGUAUCAAUUCCAUGUAUCAAUCAUUCCCAGCUCUCUUCCUGAAUAAUAGUUUUGACCUGGCUU